AUGCUUCGACGUAGCGGGCUCUGCAUGAACCUCGAGGCCUUCUGUUGCGGCUUCCUCUCCCUAUUCCCGAAAGUGUUUGUGCUGACUGUUUUGCUGUGGGCACUCUAUGGUACAAUCUCGGAACUCCAUUCACAUUUGGGCCUCUCGGCUGCUUCUCUAGUAUUUUCGGGCCUUCUAUUGUCGCUCUAUUUGCUCUCUAUGUACUCGUAUUUCCAGGUGGUCGUUGUUGGUCCUGGAUCGCCGCUCGAUUUCCCAGAACUAAGACUGACCGGAGGUACAUCCACCAAUGAUCAUUAUCUCCUGCCGGAACUCAAUGAACAGAAUGAAACGUUGCUUAGUCCGCGCCGAGCUCCGCCAAUGGAGGUUUUGGUCACCCAUACGAUCGAAAAGGGCGAGCCAUAUUUGCGCUGGUGUCCCAAGUGCAAUGUGUGGAAGCCAGACCGGUGCCACCACUGCUCAAAUUGUAAGAGGUGCUUUUUGCAGAUGGACCACCAUUGUCCGUGGUUUAGCUGCUGCAUUGGAUUCAGAAACCAUAAGUUUUUCAUCCAGUUUUUGCUCUAUGUAUUUGUCUUUUGUGGAUAUGUCCUCGCCAUUUCGCUGUACUUUUUGUACGACUUUUUCGUGAAGGAGCAGUAUGCGGAGCACCAGUAUCUUUCGUUGACGCUUGUGUUUCUAGCUGUCGUUUCUUUUGCGUUUUUCUUGAGUGUGGGCUGCUUUGCUGGGUUCCUGGUGUAUCUCAUGUUGCGCAAUCUCACCACCAUUGAAUUCCAGGAUUUACGUUGGAACUACCUGGGCGACCACUCCGCCGAGUAUGAGUAUGAUAGCACUGGAAAGAAGAAGAGCGUGGCAAACUUCUAUGACUUGGGCCUCAAGCGUAACUGGACUGCUGUCAUGGGCGAUACUUGGUGGCACUGGCUUUUGCCCAUCUCGGCUACGGACGAAAAGCUCACCGGCUACAAGAAUGGUCUCAAUUUCGAGGUUGACGAGGAGGUGUUCGAUAAGUACUGUCAAAACCUACAGUUACAGGAUAGACUCAAUGCGCAACUAAUGGAAUACAGGGAUCAAUUGAGAGGCAGAAGAAACCAGUGA